UCCCGACGCGCCGGCGACCGGCAUGGCGGCCCCCAGCGCUGAGGCGGCGGAGCGCGCUCGCCCGGCUUCAGGGUAGCUCGGCGGCCUCCGUGCGCGCGCCGGCGCCGGGCGCUCCCGGUCUGCGGUCCCGGGGCCUGUGCGCCGCGGGCGGGCUCUGAGGAGCAUGGAUCCCGCGGGCGCCUGGGACUCCGCGUCGCCCUGGGUCUCGCUGUGGACAAACAGGUUUUACGUGUACGUGGGCUUGGCCUGUGGCAUCAGCCUGUGGAUCUGCUUCCAGAUGGUCGUCGGGAGGCGGGACAAGAGCUCCCAGGAGAAAUCUGUUCCAAAAGCAAGCCGGGAUUUGGGGACAGAUGGUUCUAUCCCUCUUCAACGGAAGGAGGUCUCCGUGUCCGGGGUGAAGAUUUUCUAUGGUUCCCAGACCGGAACCGCAAAGGGAUUUGCAGCAAGUCUUGCUGAAGCAGUUACCUCCCUAGAUCUGCCGGUGGCCGUCGUCGAUCUGAAAGACUAUGACCCAGAUGAUCAUCUCGUGGAGGAGGUUACUAGUAAAAACGUUUGUGCCUUCGUGGUUGCUACCUACACUGACGGUCGGCCCCCUGAAAGUGCAGAGUGGUUCUGCAAGUGGUUGGAGGAAGCAGCCAGUGAUUUUCGGUUUGGCAAAACUUACCUGAAGGGUAUGAGGUACGCUGUAUUUGGCCUGGGAAAUUCUGCCUAUGCAAGCCACUUCAACAAGGUUGGCAAGAACGUAGACAAGUGGCUCUGGACGCUUGGUGCCCACCGCGUGGUGGCGAGAGGGGAGGGGGACUGUGACGUGGCGAACAGCAAACACGGCAGCAUCGAGGCGGACUUCGGAGCCUGGAAGACCAAGUUCCUCGCGCGGCUGCACACGCUUGAGAAGGGAGAGAAGAAGCCCUGUGACGGCAGCUGCAAGAGGGGCCAGUGCGAGUCGUCCGCGGAGGAGGAGCCCUUUGAGAGCACCAGUGAGGAUGAGUCCGGCGCCGAAGACCGUCCGAAUCCGGAUCCCGUCGUUGACGUUGAGGACCUCGGCAGGAUCGUGAGCUGCGCGAAGAGAGAAAAGAGAGAGAAGGAGCAGCAAGAGAAGAGCGGCUUGCUCCGGAGCUCGGGGAAGAACGGCCCCGGCGAACGAAGAGCGAUGAUAACCCCGGCUCUCCGGGAAGCCCUCACUAGACAAGGGUAUCAGUUGAUUGGGAGCCACUCCGGGGUGAAGCUUUGUAGAUGGACAAAGUCGAUGCUCCGGGGGAGAGGAGGUUGCUAUAAACAUACGUUCUACGGCAUCGAGAGCCACCGUUGCAUGGAAACUACCCCAAGCUUGGCCUGUGCAAAUAAAUGUGUCUUCUGUUGGCGGUGUUCGGUGAUAGCUCAUGUGGUUUUGAUGCGCAUUUCCUUCAUGACUGGUGACGCUGAGCGUCUUUUCAUGUGUCUGUUGGCCAUCUGGAUGUCCUCUUCUGAAAAGCACCACACCAACCCAGUGGGCACCGAGUGGCGGUGGAAGAUGGACCAGCCUGAAGUGAUCCUAAAGGAAGCCAUUGAAAACCAUCAGAGCAUGAUUAAGCAGUUUAAAGGAGUUCCGGGUGUCAAAGAAGAACGUUUUGAAGAAGGAAUGAUGGUAAAGCACUGUGCGUUGUCUCUGGUGGGAGAACCCAUCAUGUACCCGGAAAUCAACAGGUUUUUGACACUACUCCACGAGUGUAAAAUCUCUAGUUUCCUGGUCACAAAUGCACAAUUCCCUGUGGAAAUCAGGAACCUCAAACCAGUUACCCAGCUGUAUGUCAGUGUGGAUGCUAGCACCAAAGAUAGCCUGAAGAAAAUCGACCGCCCACUCUUCAAGGAUUUCUGGCAGAGAUUCCUCGACAGCUUAAAAGCUUUGGCAGCAAAGCAACAGCGCACCGUGUACAGACUGACUCUAGUGAAAGCGUGGAAUGUGGACGAGCUCCAGGCCUACGCCGAGCUGGUGUCCCUGGGGAAUCCCGACUUCAUCGAAGUGAAGGGUGUCACCUACUGUGGCGAGAGCUCAGCCAGCAGUCUCACCAUGGCCAACGUGCCCUGGCAUGAGGAGGUGGUGCACUUUGUCCAGGACUUGGUGGAUCUGAUCCCCGACUACGAAAUCGCCUGUGAGCACGAGCAUUCCAACUGCCUCCUUAUCGCUCACAAACGGUUUAAGGUCGGCAGCGAGUGGUGGACGUGGAUCGAUUACGACCGCUUCCAGGAGCUGGUGCGGGAGUACGAACACAGCGGGGGCUCGGCCACCUUCGGCGCACAGGACUACAUGGCCAGAACCCCGCGCUGGGCCGUGUUUGGUGCCCGCGAAAGAGGCUUUGAUCCCAAGGACACGAGAUAUCAGAGAAAGAACAAGUCAAAGGACAUUUCCGGAUGUUGAGAUUAUCUGGCUGUGGGGCCCCGAGGGUUCUCCCUCCACCCCCCACCGUGAUUUUUCCAAGGACACAUUGCCCGAGAUCGGUCUCACGCAGAGGAGGCUGUAAGGCGCUUGGGGACGCGAGUCGCAUCCGGGGUUGGGGAGGCAGCAGCCCCGGCAUUGCUUUGCGGAGCUCAGGCCCUCUCCUGACCUGACUCCCCAGAGGACCGUUGCAGGGCAAGCACACGGUCCUUAGAGUGAAACUGGUGGCUUUGAAUUAUAACUUGUAGGAAGCCGGAAGGCGGUCCUGGGCUGUUGUAGGGAAUGGGUAUGUGUUCCUCUUCCCCUCCUGGGCUGUGCGCCUUUAUGGCCUGUUCCUCCCGAGGUAAGUGGACCUGCUCCCUCCCAGGCCGCCCGCCCCUCUGUAUCUGGAGUAACGCCUCCCGCGAGUCACUCAAAUUGCCGUAAUUCUAGACUUUUUAAUACUGCACAGAUUACAUUAAAUUUUUGCCUCGUACCAGCCCUUUAUGACAUCGAGUGGAUCUAAAAGUCCCAACGCCUCCCCUCCUCGUGCAGAUCAGAUGGCCUCAGGAGUGAGGGCCCCGUGGGCCUCUGAGCUGCUCCCUCGGGGGGCGUGCCCUGUGGUGCCCUGGAGGAGUGAGUCCCUAGACAGGCUUUGAGACCGGGUGCGGUUUGCUUUGGUUUAAAAAGUCAGUGUUUAAGCCCCAUCCUGCCCCACAGAGCUGGUCCCACCCUCUUCUCCCUCUUGUCGCUUCCGCUGUACACAGUCUGCUUUUAGGGUUCAAGAUUUUUCUAAUUGAAAACAUCAUUAAAUUCUGAAUAGUUUUUUAAAAUAUCAUAAUUAUUUUGAAAAAUUCUCUAUCCUAAAAAUUGAAUUAAUAAAAUCUUUUCUAAAGACUA